UUUUUCCCGGUGAGGCCCUGGAAACAAGGUCAGACAUCACUGUUCCUCGCACGUACAAAAACGUACGCAGCGUAACAUAUGUAAAUAUUUAUUCUACGAUGUUUCAAAAAUUUACAGAUCUGAUUAUCAGUGGGAAAAUCAGUGUUGAAAUGCCAGGCUAAUUCGCAGUCAUUGAUAACGUCCAUCUCCCCCCUCAGAAAGCGCGAUACUUCUCCCUACAUUCAAUGGUAUCAAAUGUCCGCGCUCUGGAAACAAGUAGCAGACGAUCUCAUUUCUGAGCUCGGCAAUGUAUGUUUCCUUAUGGAUAUGGAACGUUUCCUGUUUCUGUUUCCUAUUCAUUAACCUUUGUGUUUUGUCGUCUGCCCAGGACGAUGACGACGCAGACGUUAUCAGCAAUGAAUCGGUUCUCCGGCGAACAAAGGAAGAAAUCGCGUCAAAGAGUAAAGUGGACACGUUGGGGCCUGUAUUGAAGCGUCACAUCCAGGCGUUAAGGCGGGUGAGUAACAAGAAAGUGGAUAUAAUUUUCCUGGUGGACAGCUCCUCAAGCGUUGGGCGCCGUGACUUCGAGUACGAGAUCAAGUUCGUCCGGAAGCUGCUGGCAGACUUCACGGUCGAUUCAAACCACACGAGAGUUUGUGUGAUCACAUUUUCCUCCAAAGGUCGCGUCCUGAAGCAGAUUGACUACGUGGGUCAGCCGCUGGAAGACAAGAAUAAGUGCACGCUGCUGGAGGAAGAUGUCCCUAACAUUCAGUACGUCGGGGGAGGGACGUUCACCCUUGGAGCAUUCCUGGAGGCCAAGGAGGUCCUGAGAACAUCAAGGAGAAACUCCCAGAAAGCUAUAUUCCUUGUCACUGAUGGAUUCUCCAAUGGCGGCGACCCAAGGUCGGAAGCAAAGUAUCUGCGCGACAUCGGCGUCAAAAUCUUCACGUUUGGCAUCCGGAACGGGAACGUCCGGGAACUUCACGACAUGGCGUCCGACCCCAAGAACGAGACGUGCUAUAUCCUGGACACGUUUGAAGAGUUCGAGGCGCUGGCUCGCCGGGCCCUGCACGAAGAUUUGGGUACAGGUUCAUACGUGACACAGAGGACAGACAAAUGUGAGCAUCUCUGCAUCAAUCGGUCGCCAUGCUGUGACAAGAUGGCGACCUGCCGCUGUGGCACCUAUACGGGUAACUUUGAAUGUCUCUGCCGGAAGGGAUACUACGGGACCGGACUCUAUGGAGAAUGCUUCCCGUGUCCACCGGGUACGUAUAAAGACAAUCAAAUUCUGGGCGAUGAAUCCACGUGCAAAAAAUGUCCAGAUGAGAACCAGUCUACAGCUUUGGGGGCCACGCACGUGAGCCAGUGUUCAUGCAAGAAAGGUUUCCGAACCUUCAACGGGACGGGCUGCUCAGUGCUUCGUUGUCCCGAGUUGAAGAAACCAGCCAAUGGUUACUUCGUGAACGACUACUGUGACAGCGUGUUUAAUGCGGCCUGUGGAAUCAAGUGUAAGCCUGGGUACGAGUUACGGGGGAACAGUCUCAGGAUCUGUCAGGAGAACGGGGUCUGGUCAGGAGAGGAGGCCGAGUGUGUCAUGAAGACCUGUCCGCCAUUACCUACACCCAAACACGGGAACAUGAUCUGUGACCGUGACGACUUUUCCUUCUCCACGGUCUGCCGCUUCACGUGCGAUACGGGCUACAAGCUGGUGGGCUCCCGGAAACGGGAGUGUCUGGCCAUUGCCUACUGGACGGGGAUCCCCACCCGCUGUAAGGAGAUCACCUGUCAGCCCCUCCCCCAGGUCAGGGACGGGGUGGUGAAGCCCCUUAUCUGUACGGCUAAAGAGGUGUCCUUUGGGACCAUUUGCCAGGUGGAGUGCCUGUCCGGGUACUCGUUAGUGGGUCCGGAGAGGAAACAAUGUACGCCGGAGGGGAUGUGGGCGCCCGAGUCCUUCGGCGAGAUGAGCCGAUGUGAAGACAAAUCUCCACCUUUCCUGCUUUGUCCCGCGGAUAUUAAGUUGGUGGCGCCUGACGACGACAAUGCAGUAGAGGUCAACUGGCAGGUGCCCCUCGCGCUGGACAACUCCGGACUUCUCCCAAUCAUGACGGCGGUGCCGGCCGUGGAGCCGCCCAAACGCUUCCCCAUCGGUCUGACUUACGUCAAGUACAUAGCCGAGGACUUCAGCGGAAACAGGGAAAAAUGCAGGUUCUCCGUGGACAUAGCAGAUGUUACCCCUCCAAGGGUUGACAGUUGUUUCUCCCCAAAUCCUACCGUGUCAUCCACUUUUUAUGCGGAAGUCAUCUGGGAUGAGCCACAAUUUAGCGAUAACUCUGGGGAGACACCGAAAGUGGAAAGGACGCAUGCGCCUGGACUGUUUCCGAGAGGGAUGACCAUAGUUAUUUACACAGCGUCUGAUGAGAGUGGAAAUAACAGUACCUGUAAAUUGGAAAUCGAAGUUAUACCUCACCCGUGUCAGUAUCCCCCAGAGCCAGUGAACGGACGACGGCAUUGCUACGAGACAGCGGAGGGGGUAUACUGUAAUGUGUCGUGCAAUGAAGGGUUUGCCUUCGCCAUACCACCCGCCGACCUUUAUUUCUGCGCCUAUGAUAAUGUGUGGACUCCUGAAGAUAAAAUGCCUUACUCAGACUGCUCAGUUAAAACUGUGACCAAUAGUAUAGAGCUCCCGGCCUCCAUUACAUAUAUAGCAGAAGUUCCCUGUCGUGAUCAUUUAGUAUUAAACCAGAUCCAAACGGACUUCCAGAUAACUCUCUCUGGUGUGAUAAACGGUCUGUGUGCCGCUAAUAUGAUCUGUGAGGUGGCUGACAUGGAGGCGACCUGUGAAGAGGAGGACGAAGAUUUCAACCGAAUCAAGAUAAUUCUGGGACGAAGACGACGGCGUGACAUUGUCCGGAUCGUGUCCAAGGAGUCCGGAGAUAGCGUGGGGGGAUCUGACGCUCACGUCGCCAGCUCAAUCACGUUUGACUUCAUUGUUAGAGGUCAGUACCAGAAAAAGGCCCAGCAGCUACCGGCAGCCAAUCAAACACAGGAGGUCACGGAGCAGCUCAAGGGGAUGCUGACGGUGGUGAAGACGGAGGGGGGUGGGGGAACAUUGGACAUCAAAGUGGGCGGCACCAAGGCCAAGUUCGCCAAUCUGACCAUCAGCAAGGCGGGCCCCCGCUACAGGUGUAAGGAGGGAGGGGUGUUGGUCAACACCUCCUGUGUGAAGUGCCCGGUGGGGACAUUUUUCAACGUCGUCUCUAAAUCCUGUUCCGGCUGUCCGAUUGGGACAUACCAGCCGCUAGAGGGCAGUGUGGCGUGUCUAGUGUGUCCAAUCAACACCACGACAGACCACAACAACUCCAAGUCUGAACAGGAGUGCAAAGCCCAGUGUCUGCCGGGCACCUACUCAUGGGACGGGCUGGAGCGGUGCGCCACCUGUCAGGUCGGGUUUUAUCAACAGGAGUAUGGACAGACCACGUGUGUAAAAUGUCCACCUGGAACAACCACAAAACGGAGGGGAUCCAGGGUGCUGGAAAAGUGUGAAGAGCCCUGCAAGCCAGGUUACGUGUCUUCUUCCGGACUGAAGCCUUGCUUCCCGUGUCCCAAGGGAACUUAUCAGUCAGAUCCGGGACAGACAGUCUGCUAUGAGUGUCCCAGAAAAGCACUGACGAUGUUCACGGCGUCUACUGACGUCACGAACUGCAGCGGUUCCAAAGCGAUCUCCGAUAACCAGCUACAGGCGGACGAACCGGAAGUAGUAGUGUACAACGACUGCUUCGAGAGCAAGUGUCAGAAUGGCGCCACCUGCCGGAGAAAGCUGAUAGGAUUCACGUGCGACUGUCCUCCAGGAUAUAAAGGUUUAUAUUGUGAAUCCCGUUUGGACCACUGCGAAGGGUCGCCAUGUUUAAAUGGAGGACAAUGCAACAACCACCUCACUAACUUUACCUGCACCUGUGCCGCAGGGUUUACAGGAAGUAAGUGUGAGAUAAAUAUAGACGAUUGCAUCAGCAUGCCAUGUGAGAACAACGGCACUUGCCAGGAUCUAGCCAAUGACUUCGCCUGUAGCUGUCCGGAAUUCUUCAAAGGGCCGACUUGUAAUACAACAGUUGACUUCUGCACCCCCUCCCCGUGCUUGAAUAACGGGGUGUGUCAGCAAAGGCUAGGAGGGUACAACUGCACCUGUCCUACAGGAUUCCGGGGCACCAACUGUGAAAUCAACCAUGACGACUGUGGAAGCGUUCCGUGUCAAAAUGGCGGCACAUGUGAAGACGGAACGGCGUCAUAUCGAUGCCAGUGUAUGUUGGGUUUCACUGGGGAGCAGUGCGAGGUGGACAUCGAUGACUGCAGUCCCGACCCGUGUCUGAAUGCGAGCAGGUGCGAGGACCAUGUGAACGGCUUCACCUGUCACUGUCAGAAAGGUUUCAUCGGAGAAAGAUGUGAGAGAGAGCUUGAAGUGGAGUAUCUGUUAGACUUCCCCUUCGCCGGAACCUUUAAUUACACUUCUACCACUAUCGACAAAGACCUGGCAUCGGCAACCGUCUCGUUUUGGAUGAGAACAGAUGACGUCAUUAACCAGGGAACUCCAUUUUCCUAUGCAUCGAGUCCAGAAAUGGACAAUGCCUUUACCCUAACAAGUUAUGAUGGAUUUGUUGUAUAUGUGAACAACCAACAAGUGAGCACUGACCUGAAUGCCAAUGACGGGGAAUGGCAUCAUAUCGUGUUCACGUGGUCAUCAAAUCGAGGAGGGUGGAAGAUCUACAAAGACGGGGUGACGUUCGACACUGGGUACGGGCUGGCCCCUGGCCAGGUCAUCAAAGGUGGUGGGACAUUUGUGAUUGGUCAAGAACAGGAUAGCGACGGAUCCUACAACAGCGCCGAGUCGUUUGUAGGCCAGAUCACCCACCUUAAUGUCUGGGACAGGGAACUGACCUUCACCGAGAUAGACAACAUGAAAGUCUCGUGUAAGAAGUUCGAAGGUAACGUGAUUUCUUGGGUGGACAUCCAGACUGGGCUCCAUGGCGCUCUGAGGCCGGAACCUUCCAACUUCUGUGAAGGGUGCCCAGUGCCCGCCACUCCUGUGUACGCACAUGCUGAGUUCUCCUCUACUGACCCUGGGGCUACCGUAACCUACUCCUGCCUGCGGGGGUUUGAAUUCUUGGACCGGAACGUACGACAAUGCUUGGUUACGGGGGAAUGGAGCGGGGCGGACUUUCAGUGUUUACGUGUGAGAUGUGGGUAUCCAGAAAGACUCAUUAAUGGAAUAAUAACAGGAGGGAGGUACGAUUACGAGAGCACGAUCCGCUACACCUGUGACAACAACUACAGGCUGAGGGGCCCCGAGAGGCGUUACUGUAAUGAGAACGGUACCUGGGAGGGCAGCACUCCAACUUGUGAAGAAAUUACGUGUACCCUUCCUCUUCUGUCAGAAAAUACCAUAUCGACACCCUCUAAACAACACUACAAGGCAAGUGAUACGGUGAUAUUUAGUUGUAGAGAGGGAUACAAACUUCUAACCGAUCAUGAUUUUGUUUUUUGUCAAAAGGACGGCACCUGGGACCAAAGUGUGCCUACUUGUGACCCCCAGACUUGUAAACACACGCCCUCGGUCCCUAAUGCCGUGGCCCAAGAUACAAAAGCCGAAUACUCUGUCGGUCACACUAUGACCUUCACCUGUAAUUUUGGGUUUCGGUUGUCUGAAGUUAAUCCAACAGGACAGAUCAGUUGUUUACCAAACGGUCACUGGGAGAGCAACAUCCCUGUGUGCGAAAUUGUUACCUGCCCUAACCCACCUACAGUUCUACACUCCGAUUCAGACAUUGGGCGUUUGACCUAUCUUGGUCGUGUAACGUAUAACUGUGACCCAGGAUAUGAACUCUUUGGCCCGACAAAUGUUAUAGAAUGUUUAGAGGAAGGAUCAUGGGAUCCUUCACCCCCAGAAUGUUUACCUGUGGAAUGUGGAGAUCCAGGGUUAAUCGCAAACGGACAUGUUACUUCUUUGUCUUAUACGUUUAAAAGCGUGGCAUCCUACAAGUGUAAUUAUGGGUAUGUCCUGAGAGGAAACGGUUCACGUGUUUGUCAGUCAAACAAGGAGUGGAGUGGUACUGCGCCUGUUUGUUCCCCUGUCUCAUGUGGCCAACCGGAGACUAUUGAAAAUGGUGUGUUUGAAGAGAAUGGCGAUACAUAUGGAAGUAUAGCAACCUAUGGCUGCUAUCCAGGGUAUGAUUUACAAGGUGAGGCAGAGCGCACGUGCGAAGCAAGUGCCAUGUGGUCUGGCUCAGCGCCCGGAUGCACAAAGAAAGAAUGCGGUAGUCCCCCGCCUGUUAUCCACGGCCAUCAAACAUCCAGUGGAGUCUAUUUCCAGGACACCGUCAACUACACUUGCGAAACAGGAUUUAGAUUGAACGGUUUUUCUUAUCUGAGAUGUUUGGCAAACGGAGAGUGGGGACCGUUACCGCCGGUAUGCGAAGCUAUAACUUGUCCAACACCGGAGGUUAUACAAAAUGGGAACUACACUACAACUGGUGAUGUCUUUGGUUCCAGGGUGGAGUAUUUCUGUUUGCAAGGGUAUAUACUAACAGCGGAAUCAAUAAGAGUUUGCCAACCCGACGGAUCUUGGUCAAGCAAAGUCCCAUCAUGCGCUGCAGACGAUUGCCCGAUUCCUCUACCAGUUGAAAAUGGGAGAUUUGAUUUUAAGGACAGAUCGCUUGGAUCCGUUGUGUUGUAUUUUUGUAACACGGGCUACAAGCUUAAUGGCACUGACUUCCGGCGUUGUGAGAGCACACUGUCGUGGAGUGGCGAUGAACCAGUUUGUACCCCAAAGUCUUGUGUGGAACCGGACGAUAUAUUAAAUGGAGAGAGAAAUGUAUCUGGUAUGCUGUACAAUUCAAUAGUUACUUAUGAAUGUGAUAUUGGUUACAACAUGACUGGUUCGUCGCAACGAACGUGCCUAUCGUCAGGUAGCUGGUCAGGAACGGCCCCCUCAUGUAAUCCUAUUGUAUGCGACACCCCGACCAAGGUCAUCUCAAAUGGCAGAAGUUUUGGCAACUCAUCGACCUACCAAUCGGUUGUAACCUAUAUUUGCGAUCCUGGAUACAACUUAAACGGGGCAUCCAGGAGACAAUGUCUCAUUUCUGGACAAUGGGAUUUCGAAAUCCCAAUUUGCGAAGUUGUGCAUUGUGCUCGACCUCAUCUUAGAAAUGGCAUUUUCUCAAACUUUAAGACUGAAUACUCCUCAAUCGUGACAUUUCAGUGUCGCAGUGGUUAUGUUUUAUUUGGUGCGUCAGAAAGGACUUGCUUGGAAAGUGGCUUUUGGAGCGGUCGAAGCCCCGUGUGUGUUAAAGUGAAGGAAAAACCAAAUGUGGAGUAUGCUUCUGUGUUGAGCAAUGGUUACAACAUUACAUAUUCCUGCCUUUAUGGUUACAGGCUUGUUGGCGACCCUACACUUCAGUUUCAGGAAGAUGGACAGUGGCAUGGCAACACACCCAACUGCGUCCCUAUAGAAUGCAACACGACCAGUCUAAAUAUUGAUAAUUUCAUGAAUGGGGAAAUCGUUGUUGGUAAUAUAACAGUAGGAAGUUCCGCUGUAUUUACAUGUAACACGGGAUUUACUCUUACAGGGCCAUCUUCAAGAGUUUGUUUGUCAGAUGGUUCAUGGAGCGGAUCCAAUCCAAUAUGUAAUAUUGUGUACUGUUCUGGAAAGUUUCAAAUAGAUAAUGGCAUUAUCUCUGGACCAUCUAACCAUUUCAACUCUUCUCUACAAUUUACUUGCGUGCCUGGGUAUCGACUUAUCGGUGAUGAUAUAAUUACUUGCCUCGAAAAUGGCUCGUGGAGCGGAUCUAGCCCAGUAUGCGAAAGAAUUUCCUGUUCUUUACCAAACGACACAAUUGUUUUAAGUGCAUCAUAUUCCACAUUGACUGUUGGUGGUAAUGUUCAUUAUACAUGUCCACAAAAUUAUAGAAUGAUUGGAGACUCACUCAGAACUUGUUUAACAUCAGGUGAAUGGUCAGGCAUAGAGCCUACUUGUAGGGUAAAGCAAUGCCCGAUACCAAUCAUAAGUAAUGGUAGAAUUGAGAUGACUUCUAGAAAUAUAGGCUCGUUCAUUACCUACACAUGUAAUGAAGGAUAUAUACUUGUUGGAUCAGUUGGAAGAUUUUGUACCACAGCGGAAACCUGGACCCAGGAAGAUCCAACAUGUGAGGUCAUUAGAUGUCCUUCUCCACCCACUAUUUACGGUGGUAUUGUUCUUGACAACGGCAGGGCCGAUUUUGUUUAUGGCGAUAUGGUAAGAUACAAAUGUAAUGAAGGCUUUGUGAUUCAGGAAGGGGACACAGAGCACAUCUGUCAAGGAUCUGGAACCUGGUUGGGUCAGUUACCCGUAUGUGCUUCCGUCGCAUGUGGACCUCCACCAGUGAUCCAAAACUCUGCCUCCAAACUAUUGAAUACAACUUACACGUUUAAUUCAGUGGUUGAAUACACUUGUAAUGAGGGUUAUAGAAGCCAAAGUAGCCACUCUCUGACAAGUAAAUGUCAGGCAAGUGGAUCGUGGUCACUCGUCUCAUUCACAUGUUUAAAGGUUCAAUGUUCAUCUUUUCCAACGAUUGCGAACGGAAACGUACUUGGCGAUUCAAUAACUUUUGGCAGCAAUAUAUCUGUUCUCUGCGAUGUAGGGUUCAUUAUUACCGGGGAGAGUCAUAUAACAUGUUUGUCAAAUGGAAGCUGGAGUAUCGCACAGUUUCCUAGCUGUAAAAGAAUAGCGUGUCCAAUUCCUGAUAUCAUUAGUAAUGGAAAUGUUCGAUACAAUGAAUUAUAUGUUGGCGAUAGUGUUCAAUAUUCUUGUGCAACUGGCUUUGAAUUAGUCGGGAACAGCAAAAGAAUCUGCACUGGAAGCGGUCAGUGGAGCGGAAAUAAACCGUACUGUCAAAGAGUAGUAUGUAGCGAUCCUCCCAUACACCCGAACGCUGUCGUUUCCAUCAAUACUACCGAAUAUUAUUCAUCUGAUGAAAUAACGUAUAGCUGUCUACCUGGAUAUACAAUGACUGUCCAAGGCAGAUUAUUGUGUAACAGCAAAGGACUGUGGGAGGGAACAGCACCGACUUGUACCAAAAUCAAGUGCGAACAACCAAGUUACAUAGCGAAUGGUGAUCCUCACUUCACAGACAUUACAUUCGGUAGCGCCGUUACAUAUACAUGUCGAUCGGGUUACGUUCUGUCUGGAUCAACUUCAAUGACUUGUCUUGAAACAGGUUCCUGGAGUGGAGCUAGACCCACGUGUAAUCCGGUGGACUGUGGACCUGCUACUCCCAUAGAGGACGGUGUAAUAGUGGGCGAUGUGUACACCUACGGGAACAGUGUCACUUAUAUCUGUGAUGAGGGAUUCGAACUCACUGGUGCAAGUGAUCUCAUAUGCCGGGCCGACAGGACCUGGUCCAACCCUCCUCCUCUGUGUCAGAGAAUUAAUUGCGGACCCCCUCCAACAGUUUCUGACGCUGAUAUUUUAGGGAACAACUUCUUCUUUCAAGGCGUUGUGACAUAUACGUGUCAUUCAGGAUACAAGAUGAGAGGAGAUGCGACCAUUGUGUGUGGUUCAAACGCAAAAUGGUCCAGUAACGUCACUAGAUGUGAAUUAAUAACUUGUGGCGAACCUCCUGAAAUUCCUAACGCUCGCGUAUCAGUAUCUGGACAAAGAAGCAAUUCUCUUGCGACCUAUAUGUGCAGCAAUGGAUACACGAUGGUCGGCGAUCCUAUAGCUGUGUGCACAAACACUGGAGUUUGGUCUGUGAGUAAACGGUUUAGCUGUGAUCCUGUAGACUGUGGAAGUCCGCCAUCGAUUACAAAUGCUACAGUUAGUUAUAAAUCAACUACUUUCUCCUCCUACGCUGUGUACCGAUGUCAGCAAGGGUAUUUUCUUCAGGGAAACGAUAGAAUUCAGUGUGGAGGAAGUGGAUUGUGGGAUUCUUCACUUCCGGUUUGUGUAAUGGAGCUUUGUCCCGCACCUGAUCUUCCUCCCAAUGUUAUAAUUGACAGCGGAACGUAUCGUUCUGGGGAUUCUCUGGUGUUUCGAUGUUCUGAUGGUUACGACUUACUGGGUAGCAAGACGAUAGCCUGCACAGCCUCUGGGACGUGGAGUUCUAGCGUUCCUAACUGUCAAAUUGUACAUUGUCCGAGAGAAACCGGCGUUUUAAAUACACAAGAUUUCAACCAAGAAUUUCCAUAUGGAGAAACAAGAUCAGCUAGUUGUAAGGGUGGUUUUGAGACGGCCGGAAGUUUAGAUGUUACCUGUCAAUCAAACGGGAAAUGGUCAACACCGACCGGAUAUUGUAGAAAAUUUUUUUGUGGGAAACCCCCUGUGACAGACAUGAUAAAUAUCAUCAGAGUGCAAGGAAGGUCUUAUUCUUAUCGAGAUCAAGUCCGCUACCAAUGUAGACCUGGAAUUCAACCAAUCAGAAACCCUCCAAUUAUCACGUGCUUGGACACUGGCCAAUGGGAUGGACAAAUAGCGUGUCAUUUGCCGUGUAGGGGUGGAUGUCAAAAUGGCGGGUCCUGCCUCGGGUACAGAGGCUGUAAAUGUCCACCUGGAUACGGCGGCAAACGGUGCGAGAAAGCACUUUGCAUUCUACCAUGUUUACAUCGAGGACAUUGUAUUUCACCUUACCUUUGCGCAUGUCCACCUGAAUACACAGGAUCCCGAUGCCAAAAACCUGUUUGCAACCCCCCAUGUCAAAAUAACGGAAUCUGUGAAAAGCCGAACGUAUGCCACUGUCAACAUGGCUUCCAGGGUCCUCGCUGUGAAAAGUCAGACCUACGUACUUUUGAACGAGCGGCGCGUGCGCGCCAGACGACAACAAGUCGGCCAACCGUGACGGAAGGAUGGUCUUGGCAGUGAAGCGUCACCUAGCUGGACUAUUUGCGCCAGUUCUGUCAAUUUUCUUUAUAUUCUAUGUCAUAAAUUCUUUGUUUUAUUACAUCAGAGUUAGACAAAAGAAAAUAUAACUGUGGUAAACGACGAACACGUCGUAUAAAAGUUGAUUUAUUGUUUUUAUAUACAGUAAAAGGAAAUUUUCGUAUUACCUAAAUAAACUAUUUUUUAUUAU